GGGGGGUCCCCGCUCUUGACCCUCCUUCCCCUUUCCCACAGGCAGCUGAAACGAGGCUCUGUCCUGCUCUAGGCGAGGGACAUCUGCAGUGGGGCCGUUGCAUUGUUUUGGUCGGGCUAGGAGAGCGGCUUGGUUCAGGGGGUGCUGCUGCCUGGCCUGUGAUCAUUACAGAGUUUGUGGAUGCACUUAGAUGUUUGCAAUGAGCACUGUGGCUGGCAUGCCCCAGUGUUUUGGAUACCAAUGCAUACAACUCCAUAGUAAUCGAAUUUAUCAGAAACGAACGUCAUGAGCAUAGUGGUCCCGUUGGGGGUUGACACAGCGGAAACUUCAUUUUUGGAAAUGGCUGCAGGCUCAGAACCUGAAUCUGUAGAAGCUAGCCCUGUGGUCGUUGAGAAGUCAAACAGUUACCCACACCAGCUAUAUAACAACAGCUCUCACCAUUCCCACAGUUACAUUGGUUUGCCUUAUGCUGAUCAUAACUAUGGCGCUCGCCCUCCUCCAACACCUCCAGCUUCUCCUCCUCCAUCAGUUCUUAUAAGCAAGAAUGAAGUAGGCAUAUAUAGUGCUCCCAAUUUUGAUGAGACCUCCAGUGCUACUACUAUCAGCACAUCUGAGGAUGGAAGCUAUGGAACGGACAUAACCAGGUGCAUUUGCGGAUUUACACAUGAUGAUGGAUAUAUGAUCUGUUGUGACAAAUGCAGUGUUUGGCAGCACAUUGAUUGCAUGGGGAUCGAUAGGCAGCAUAUUCCUGACAUAUACCUGUGUGAGCGUUGUCAACCUAGGAGUUUGGAUAAAGAAAGGGCAAUGUUGCUGCAACGUAGAAAAAGGGAAAACAUGUCAGAUGGGGAUACCAGUGCAACAGAAAGUGGUGAUGAGGUCCCUGUAGAACUAUAUACUGCUUUUCAACACACACCAACUACAAUUACUCUGACUGCUACACGAGUUACCAAGGUCACUGAGAAGAAAAGGAAGAAAAGUGGGGAGAAAGAACAAAACAUCACAAAAUGUAAAAAGGCUUUUCGUGAAGGUUCAAGGAAAUCUUCAAGAGUUAAGGGCUCAGCUCCAGAGAUUGAUCCUUCUGACAAUUCAGGCUUUGGAUGGGAAUCUAAAAUCAAGGCAUGGAUGGAUCGUUAUGAAGAGGCAAGCAACAACCAGUACAGUGAAGGUGUUCAAAGAGAGGCCCAAAGAAUAGCUUUGAGAUUAGGAAACGGAGAGGACAAAAAAGAAGUUAUCACCAGCAACGCAAUCUUCAAACCUCCAGUAGAGAGCUAUAUUCAAAAAAAUAAGAAAAUCCUAAAAGCUGCCAAAGACUUGCCUCCAGAUGCACUGGUGAUUGAAUAUCGAGGGAAGUUCAUGCUGAGAGAGCAAUUUGAAGCAAAUGGAUAUUUCUUUAAGAGGCCAUACCCCUUUGUUCUGUUCUAUUCUAAAUUCCAUGGGCUAGAAAUGUGUGUUGAUGCAAGAACCUUUGGAAAUGAAGCUCGGUUUAUCAGACGUUCUUGUACACCCAAUGCUGAGGUUAGACAUACUAUUGAAGAUGGAACCAUUCAUCUUUAUAUCUACUCCACCCAAAACAUUCCAAAGGGAACAGAAAUAACAAUUGCAUUUGAUUUUGAUUAUGGAAAUUGCAAAUACAAAGUGGACUGUGCUUGCCUCAAAGAAAAUCCAGAUUGCCCAGUUCUUAAACGAGCCUCUGAGCCUACAGAAAACCUCAAUACUGGUUAUGAAACCAGAAGGAAGAAAGGCAAAAAAGAAAGGGAUGCUUCAAAAGAAAAGGAAACCCAAAAUCAGAACAUCACCUUGGAUUGUGAAGGAGCAGCCACCAAAACGAAGUUUCCAGACAACAGACAGAGAAAACUUUCUCCCCUUAGGCUUUCCAUCUCAAACAAUCAGGAGCCAGAUUUUAUUGAGGAUAUAGAAGAGAGAACUCCUAUUAGCAAUGAAGUAGAAAUGGAAUCAGAGGAGCAGAUUGCAGAAAGGAAAAGGAAGAUGACCAGAGAAGAGCGGAAAAUGGAAGCAAUCCUUCAAGCUUUUGCCAGGUUAGAGAAGAGAGAAAAAAGAAGAGAACAGGCUUUGGAAAGAAUCAGUACCGCUAAAACAGAAGUUAAGUCUGAAUGCAAGGAUGCACAGAUCAUCAAUGACACCGAAUUUGUUCAGGAACCAGCAAAGGAGGAAACUGCCACCAAGCCAACCCCUGCCAAAGUCAAUAGGACAAAACAGAGGAAAAGUUUCUCUCGUAGCAGAACUCAUAUCGGGCAGCAGCGGAGACGACAUAGAACUGUUAGCAUGUGUUCAGAUAUCCAACCAUCCUCUCCCGACGUGGAAAUUAGUUCACAGCACAAUGAACCUGAAAACACUGCACUUUCAGCUGAGCCUGAAACAGAGACAACUGUUGCUGAAAUAGUUACUGAACCAGAAGCCCCAGCACUUAAUAAAUGCCCCACUAAAUACCCUAAAACAAAAAAGCACUUGGUAAAUGAGUGGUUAAGUGAGAAGAAUGAGAAGCCAGGCAAACCGACGGACAGCCUUUCAGAAAGGCCUCUGCGUAUAACGACAGAUCCGGAGAUUUUGGCCACCCAGUUAAAUUCGUUACCCGGUCUCACUUACAGCCCACAUGUCUAUACUACUCCUAAGCACUAUAUUCGUUUUACAUCACCGUUCCUUUCGGAAAAGAGGAGGCGGAAAGAACCUAUGGAGAACAUUAUUGGAUCUUGUAAGAAGCGUUGGUUGAAGCAAGCACUGGAAGAGGAAAACUCAACAGUUGUAGAUAGAUUUAAUUCACCAUCUCAUGAAAGAUCUAGAAGUCCUGCAAUCAAUGGUGAAAGUAAAAGCCCCCUGUUGUUGAAUGACAGCUGCUCCUUACCAGACCUCACCACGCCACUAAAGAAGCGAAGACUAUAUCAGCUGUUGGAUUCCACCUAUUCAGAAACCUCUACGCCUACUCCUUCUCCAUAUGCCACACCAACCCAUGCUGACACCUCGGCCUCAGAUCCAUUGUUGUUUGCUACUCCACCUAGAAUAAAAGUGGAAGAUGAAACCUGUAAGAAUGGUUAUAAGCCCAUUUGCUCGCCUGUUACUCCAGUGAUUCCCUGUAUUCAUGGAAAUACAAUGCACUUUGAGAAUAUUUCUUCACCUGAUAGCUCCCCUGAAGUUAAGAGGCGAACAUAUAGUCAAGAGGGAUACGACCGGUCAUCAGCAGCAAUGCUAGCACUUGGCUCCUUUCGGAAUUCUAACCUAGCAGAGAUGUGUCUGCAGGAAAUAAAGACUAUUGGAUAUCUUAGUCCGAGGAAUAGAACCGAUGGCGCCAGGCAGUGCUCUGGAGAAAAGGAAAUGGCUGCAGACCUCCAGUUGGGACUCGAAGUGAUUGAGCCAAGUGCACUGGAUGCCCCUGGCCACGACAGGACUGAUUCAAGCAGCCAACUGGAAACGGCUCACUGUGGACGGGGAACAGUUUACUCCACCUGGGUAAAAAGUCCCGAUAGGACAGGUGUAAAUUUCUCUGUGAAUUCUAAUUUGAGGGACUUGACGCCUUCACACCAGUUGGAGGUCGGAGGUGGAUUCCGAACAAGUGAGUCAAAGUGCCUGAUUCCAGAUGAUGCAAGAGGCAUGUUCAUGGAAGCGUCUGUUUUUUGUACUUCUGAAGAUGGACUUGUAGCUGGCUUUGGAAGGACUAUCAGUGGUGACACCUUGAUGGAUGGAAAUUGCACACCCCAGAAUCCUCCACAAAAGAAAAAGGUGUCACUUCUAGAAUAUCGUAAAAGGCAGCGAGAAGCCAGAAAAAGCGGCUCGAAGGCUGACAGCUUUCCCCUUGUUAGCAUGUCACCUCAUGCUGGUGGUGGAGGAAACAACCUUAGUGCUGCUGAUGGGUAUAACAGCAGUGAAAAUGGGGAGCAAGUGGAACGGGAGCACACUGGAAGUCUCCCUCUGCCCCUGCCAGCCACUGAUUACAGCACCACUUCUGAAGAAACUGAAAACUCUUCUUCGUCAAAAGAAGCUUCAAGCGAGAAGAAUGAGCCAGAGGUUCAGUGGACUGCUUCAACUUCAGUGGAGCAAGUGAGGGAGCGAAGUUAUCAGCGAGCGCUGCUUCUAAGUGACCAUAGGAAGGACAAGGAUUGUGAUCCUGAUCCUGAAAACCCUGAGCCCACAAGUGAAUGUCCAUCCCCAGAUACUUCUCUGAAGACUUGCAAGAGUCCUUUAAAAAUGAACAAGCCUUCCUCACCGAGUCCUGCAGCUCCUGCCCACUCUCUGGGGAGAACACCUACAAAGCAGGACGCCCAGUGGGACGCUGCAGCAGCCACUCCAGAGGCUGAGGGCUCAACUCACCCCAAACCUGACCAGCAACCCAAACAGCUGACAAGCACCGUCGAAGCACUUUCAAAAAACCACCCAUCCCAGGCCCAUUUGCGCAGCACAGCAGAGCCUCUCUCUCACUCCCAAAAGCUGCCUUCUGCGCCACUGAAGCUACACUGUCCCCCUUCACCUCAUGUAGAAAACCCUCCCAAGUCCUCUACUCCUCACACACCUGUUCAGCAUGGCUACCUUUCACCGAAGCCUCAUUCACAACAAUUAGGAUCGCCAUACCGAUCUCAUCAUCCUCCGUCACCUCAAGUCGGAACACCUCAGAGAGACUCUCACAGAAGUUUUUACCCAGCAACGCCGACCCUUCAGCCCAGCACGCAGCCACCGCCGCCCAGCGGGACACUCUUUUCCCAGGCCUCUUCUGUAUCUUACAGUCAGUUCCACCAACAAAGUCUCAACACCAGUGCCCCGCCUCCGCCCCCACCCCCGCCCCCUUCCUCUACUUAUUAUCAAAACCAGCAGCCCCCCUCAGGAAACUUUCAAAACUACAGUCAGUUAAAAAGUAGCAUACCACCACAGCAAACUGUGUUUCCCUCUGGACCAAAUCAAGCCCUUGCUGGUACAGCAUGCCAGCAGCCAGUUUCAGGGCACCAUGUAACCAGUGGGCAUUUUUUGCCAUCACAGACUCCCAGUAUUCACCAUCAGACUCCAGCCGUUGCAGCUCCGCCGCCUCCACCACCUCCUCCUGCGCCUGGACCGCAUCUCGUGCAACAGCAAAGCUCUCAUCAGCAGCAUGCGGUGGCACAUGUCGUAGGGCCGGUGCAUGCGGUGGCAGUAGCUCCUGGAUCACACCUCCACUCUCCAGCUGCUGGACAUCAUCUGCCACCCCCUCCUCCUCCUCCCGGCCCCCUUCCUCACCACCAUCCUACUCACCCCACAACAGGUCACCAAGGUUUGCAAGCACAACACCAGCACGUAGCCAAUUCAGCUCCUCCACCGCCACCUCCGCCACCCUCCACUGUUCUAGGUUCUGGUCAUCACGCGGCAUCGGCACAAGGACUGCACCAUCCAUCUCAUCCGGGGGGCCCACUUUUUCCUUCCGGUGCUCACUCAACGGUCUCCUAUCCAUCACAGCCUCCACACCAUACUCCGUUGGGACCUGGACCUCAGCACCAGCCUGCUGGAACAGGCCCCCACGGUCCACUCCCAGGGCAGGGUCCUCACCUCCAGCCUCAAGGACCAAACAGUAUUCCAACACCGACAGCUUCAGGGUUCUGUCCUCAUCCUGGCUCUGUCGCCCUUCCUCACGGGGUUCAAGGACCUCAGCAGGCGUCUCCGGUGCCUGGGCAAAUAUCUAUUCACAGAGCGCAGGUGCCACCGACUUUUCAGAACAAUUAUCAUGGUUCAGGGUGGCAUUAAAAUGGACCCCUUCUAAACAUUUUAAAAAUGUUAUGUAAAAACUGUAUAUUUCAUAUGUACCUGUUCAAGGUACUUUUUAAAGCUUGUACAUGACUUUGUAUAAAAGCAGACACCAGUGCGCGCGCGCUCUCAUUGUAUU